AUGGCCUCCUCUACGUCAAUCACCGGGCUCUUCAGCCGGCUCUCCCUCCUCUCACGAAACACCACCAGCACCGCAACCGCAACCGCAGCCAUGACAUCGACAUCAACCUCACGCCUCUUCUCAACAACCUCCUCCUCCCUCGCCCGCAAAGCUCCUCCCCCAGCCGGCGGCUCUGCCCCCAAAGCCGUCCGCCGCAACCGCCAAGCCCCCAAGUCCGAAAACUUCUUCCGCAUCCGCACCCUGCGCCGCAACAUGUUCUCGCCGGCCCCUCCCCCGCUGCGCAUGGCCCGCCUGCGAUACCUGCGCCACUGGACCAUCCAUCGCGCCUGGCAGCUCUUCCGCCGAAAGCAGCACGAGGCCAUUGACAAGGAGAGGAGCAGGAUGCACGCGGGAAUGUACAACGCCUGCGAGGAGCUGCGGAAGACGGUUGGGCCUGGAUCCAGAGGGGAGGGGUACCUGUACCGAGUUGCGAUGGAGAAGAAGGGCGUUUAUGGACUUGACGGUGUGCCGAUAGAAUAUGCGAGGUUUCAGACGGACAGUCCGGCGAAGGAGGCGUGGAAUCAUGAGUGGAAGAGGUAG